GUGGAUCCUGUGAAACUGCGCCAGUCUAUCCGCACAGUUCUUUUCAACCAGUGCAUGGUAUCUUUCCCCAUGGUGGUCUUCCUCUAUCCCUUCCUCAAAUGGUGGGGAGACCCCUGCCGCCGUGAGCUACCCACCUUCCACUGGUUCCUCCUGGAGCUGGCCAUCUUCACGCUGAUCGAGGAAGUCUUGUUCUACUAUUCACACCGGCUCCUUCACCACCCAACAUUCUACAAGAAAAUCCACAAGAAACACCAUGAGUGGACAGCUCCCAUUGGCGUGAUCUCUCUCUAUGCCCAUCCUAUAGAGCAUGUGGUCUCCAACAUGCUACCUGCGAUAGUGGGCCCAUUAGUAAUGGGCUCCCACUUGUCCUCCAUCACCGUGUGGUUUUCCUUGGCCCUCAUCAUCACCACCAUCUCCCACUGUGGCUACCACCUUCCCUUCCUGCCUUCGCCUGAAUUCCACGACUACCACCAUCUCAAGUUCAACCAGUGCUAUGGUGUGCUGGGUGUGCUGGACCACCUCCAUGGGACUGACACCAUGUUCAAGCAGACCAAGGCCUACGAGAGACAUGUCCUCCUGCUGGGCUUCACUCCGCUCUCUGAGAGCAUCCCAGACUCCCCAAAGAGGAUGGAGUGAGAGAGGGCCCAAGUGUCAUCCUGGCUGUCCCUCAGCCAUGGGAUACAGAUGCGGCUUCCUGAUUGCUCCUAACAAUUUGCCUCCUUUGGCCACACUCCCAAAUGAUGGUGCCACCAGGGUAGAGGGAAGGUGGGCUUCCCAGAAAAGCAGGGCUAAGGAUGAGGCUUUCUCCAAACUACUGCCCUUGAUGUCCCUCAAUGGGAUCAGGAGUUAGCUUAAGAAAAAGGAAAACACAGCUCCCCAGACUGGAGGCUGGUCAGAGGGAGGAGACCCCUGGUCCUCUGCUGUGGAAGGAGAGGGGUUCAGCCCCAGAUAGCUCCUUUGUGGCCUGGGCAGGAUGCAGAGAAUGACAAAGCUGAAAGGAGGGGGACUGGAGGCCGCCUGGCUCCAGGGAGAGCUUCUUCUGGGACCAGGGGGUGGGAGGGCCAGGUAUUGCUUUGCCCCUUCCUGCCCCAAAAGGCUUUCACAUACCCUACCUCAGGCGAGAGCCAAGACACCCUGGCAAACCACUAUAGGUCUCAGUUCAUGACAUACCAGAUGCCAGUCGCCACUUCACCCAACACACACACAAACAUACACACACCAAACACUAAGUGAGUGGUACAGGCCCCAUUUUCACUCUGGCACACUGCAAACAAAAGGUCUCCCUCCCUCCCUCUGUGGGCGGGGGGGGGCGGGAUUCCAGGAGCUCCUCCCUGGAUUAAAAACAAAGAGGUACAGACCAAACUUUAACACCUUUAGCCUUAUGUGGAAACCAAAAACCAACUGCUGAGAAGCUGUGAAAAUCCUUUUUACCCACAAGGGGAAGGAUCAAAAUUGCUGCCCUUUGGGGACACCCGAGACCCCUAAUUAGCCCAUCUGAAUGAGGACCAGAGGUUAGAACCCUUUUUCUCCCCAAAGAAAGAGCCUGGAAAAACAUGGCGGAGCAAAGGGCAAAAUCCUUUCUGCCCCGAAUGCUUUACCACUUUCUCAGCAACAUUUAUUCAAAAUGAUUUUUACCAGGAACCUUGUCAAAAGCAAAACCACAGCUGCUUGGGUUGAAGUCCCCAUCCUGGCCUCCCCUCAGCCGCCAGACAUGGCCAGGAACCCUGUGGUUCCCAAGAACAAUUUAAAGAUCACUCUUUGAUUUGAAAGACCACCAUUAUUUUACUAAAUUCUUAUAUAUAUUUGCACCUUUUCCAACUUUCAGUUCUCUUAAGAAAAACAUCCACUGUAGCUUUAUGAAAUACUUUAUUAUCAGAUAGGGCCAAGUAUCCAGGCAGGACUAUCAAAAUGAACUCCUCCUUCCUAUCAGCUCUAGAACCCCAGAGGCCUUGCCCAAUAGACCAGCUGAGCACUUACCAGGCAGCAUCUCCCUGGCUUUCCCGUCUCGCCUGCCUGUCUCUGGCCUUGGUGGACCUGGCUCCCUCCCUAGGCGGCUUGUGCCCUCAGCUUGAAUACAGCUCCUGGUGCAUCAAAGCUGUAAGUUCUCAGCUGCUGGCCUGCACCCAUCACCUCUUCCUACAAAUAAACAUUUGGAAAAAAGUCCAUCUUCAGUAUGCUUAAAGAGAAGGGUAGGAGAUAGAGAAAGAACAGAUAUGCUUUUUUUCCCCUUUAAGGCCUUUAGAUUUUGAGGUACUGUAAGGGGCCUAGAAGGACAAAAGGCUGUCAUUCCCUCUUCCUUUUGGCAGGCAGGUGAUCAGUCCUUGGCAGAAGGGCCCAGCCCUGUCCUUUUCUGUAUGAAACAGAAUCCUUGAGGUUGGUAUACAAGGCUGAAAAAAGGCCUUAAAUUCCCAGUAAAGAACGUGAAAGCAAGCAUGUAAAAUAAACUGGUCUUCAUGAA